AGUUAUAAUCAUAUAAAUCUUCCAUCGUUGCUUCGAUAUAUAGAGAAAUGGAAGGAAUGAGUUACAGUACUCUGCGAGAACUGGGAUGUGGAGGAAGCUUCUCCUUCAGCUGCUCCGACUCCGACUUGAACUUCUCCUCCGCGCUCUCCCAUUUCACCGACGACGUCGGCGAUGAUGUUGUUGAAGCAGACGAUAGUAGUGACGUCGACGAUGAAGAAUCAUACAUCGAAAUAGCACUCGAUCAUCAUCAUCACCAUCCUAAAGCAACUCAUGAGGAUUGUGAUGGAGACAGGUCAGACCAUGUCGAUUACUUGCGCAUAUCUUUCUCGUCGACCUUUCCCUUCCCGGACUUCUCCAACCACACCAACCCUAAUACUCAAGACGACACGAACAUCGUCUCCGAUACGACUACUGACCCAGCUGCAGUAGUAACGCAGGCAGCAGCAUCUUCAUCAUCCACGCCAAUAUCAGCGUCGUCGUCCACCUCAUUGGAAGACUUUGGGGGAUCCAAUCAUGAUGUUAGAACCAAAAGGUCGAAAUUGCCGGCUGUCAACCGCAUAGUCAAUACUUUGUUCUUUAGUCUCUGGUCAUCGUCCGACACCACCGCCAAGAAAGCUAGUGGUGCUGAGGAGCAUUAUAGUAUUCGUCAUCGCCAAUCGCAAGUGGACAACGGUGACUUCGUACAGUCCAGGAAAGUAUCAAACAUGAAAACCACAGUCAACGGCGGCAUCAUGAAGUUGAUUUUCAAGUUUCGAGCUAUGAAUCUUGGAACUUUGGUAGCUUCAUUUGUGAAACCCCGAAAAGUUGUUUGUCCUCCUGAUCAAGAGUACUGUCAUUUUAGUUACGGAGUACGCAAGAAAAAGAAAUCAAAAGCUCAGUCGACUCUUCAACAUCAGAAGCCCUUGGACAAAUUCUUCGUACAAAAGGAGCAGCAGAAAAAACAAGUCAAGAUGGACACUUCACGAGAGGUAGGAGGAGGAGGCGAGAAAUCCAGAGUGUUGGAGAAAAACUUAAAUGCAUUUAGAGGGGUUUUAGAAGCUAUAGGAAGUAGUAUGAGCACAGGCGUUAACCGCAAAGAAAGAAGAACAAGGAGCUGCCCAAGUUCUAUCAAGUCCUCCCCAAUUCAUAAAGAAUUUGCAGGAGGUGAUCAGAGUAAAAUAUUUGCAAGAGAAACCUCAAUUCAAGCUGCAAUUGCCCAUUGUAAAUUUUCAUUGGAAUAA